AUGACUGAUGCCAAAGACGGCGUUUCACUGUUCGAUCACGCGUCUGGCACUUCCGUUGCUCCUGCUGACGAUGCUCCUGCUCUCGACCGCUCACAGUGGCAGACUCGCGAUGCUGCUGUGCGCCUCGCUAUUCGCAAUCAUCUGCCGAUCACUGAGCGCGUGCAUUUUAGAAAGCACAAGACUGCUAAGGCACUGUAUGACGCUGUAGUUGCGCGCUACUCCUCCUCGGCCACUGCAGCCCUAGGGCGGCUCAUGCUACCUUACCUGUUCCCAGACCUGUCCUCGUGCACCACUACUGAGGACCUCAUCUCUCACCUUCGCGCUAGUGACGCUCGCUUUCGUGCCGCCCUUCCAGCCGCGUUCCGCGCCGAGAACCCCCCCCCGAUGUACUUCACUCCCUAUUUCCUCGUUACCCGCCUCCUUGACACUCUUAGCUCUGUCAGGGACCACUUUCUCGCCCUAGACCCUACCACUCUCACUGUCGCCGACAUCGAGAAGGGUGCUCCCCCUCCCCUCUUGCCCCCUCCUACGCCUCUGCUGCUGCUGCUGUCGACUUCCUUGGUGCUGAGAAGGUCGCAGCUGCUUCCGCUCCUAGUGGGAAGCGCAGCGGCUCUAGGGGAGGCAGGGACGGCAGGGGAGGUGGAGGUGGCGGUGGAGGGGGCGGUGGUGGAGGCGGCGGGGGAGGUGGAGGUGGUGGGGGUAGUCGUGGGAAUGGAGGUGGUGGUGGGGGCGGCGGUGGUACCGGGAGCAGUGGCGGUGGCAGCGGCGGUGGUGGCGGAGGGGGGAGUGGUGGUGGCAGCGGUGGUGGAGGCUGGGGUGAGAUCGGCCUGA